CGACGUGCAAGAGAAAAAAGAAACGUGAACUGCCGCAAGAGGCUUAAAGUCGCUUCCCUGUCGAAAGCUCCUAACAAAGGCGAGUCAAUUCACCUAAUUGAGCAUUUAAUUUAAUGACGGACUUGGUUUCAACUACCAAACAUGGUAGUUAGCCCUGAGUCAACUCGAGAUUCGAUUCGGUUCGUCAAACUAAGGCUGUUGCUGGUUUGCUAGCUAGCUUAGCCCCCGUUAGCUUCCAGGAUGGACAGCUGAGCGCUAGCCCGGGCAGGUCGUGCUUCAGAUGUAGUGAACUGAGAGUCUCUGGAGAACGAUAGAGGGAGUGUUUGGUGAGGGAGUGAGUGAGUGAGUGAGUGAGUGAGUGUUUGUGUGUGUGCCUUCAGCCACCUCCCAGCGGGGUGGACACUGUUUACCCCAUGAAGAACUGCGAGUACCAGCAGAUCGACCCGCGGGCGCUGGCGGUGUUGCCCUCGUCGGCGCAGAACCACACCGAGGAGAAGGCGCAGCGGCCGCGGAGGAAAUGGGAAGUGUUCCCCGGGAAGAACCGCUUCUACUGCGACGGGCGGAUCAUCCUGGCCAGACAGAGCGGGGUCUUCCCUCUGACACUGGGCCUUAUUGUCGUCACCUGUGGCCUUUUCUUCGCAUUCGAUUGCCCGUUCCUGGUGCAACAUCUGACCGUCUUCAUACCUGUGAUCGCUGCGGUGCUUUUUGUGUUUGUGGUCGUCUCCCUGCUGAGAACCAGCUUCAUAGACCCCGGCAUCCUGCCCAGGGCCACCCCGGAUGAAGCUGCAGACAUAGAGAAGCAGAUAGAUACUUCAGGAUCCUCUACAUAUCGCCCCCCUCCACGAACCAAGGAGAUCCUCAUCAACCAGCAGGUGGUAAAGCUCAAAUACUGCUUCACUUGUAAAAUGUUCCGGCCUCCGCGAACCUCCCACUGCAGCCUGUGCGACAACUGUGUGGAACGAUUUGAUCACCACUGCCCAUGGGUGGGGAACUGUGUCGGCAAACGCAAUUACCGCUUUUUCUACAGCUUCAUCAUCUCCCUGUCAUUUCUGACAUCGUUCAUAUUUGGCUGUGUCGUCACACACAUCACUCUGCGUUCUCAAGCAGGGAAAAGCCUUGUUCAAGCUGUUCAGGAGAGCCCUGGCAGUGUGGUGGAGUUGGUGAUUUGUUUCUUCUCCAUCUGGUCUAUACUGGGCCUCUCAGGCUUCCAUACAUACUUAGUAGCCUCCAACCUCACGACAAACGAAGAUAUUAAGGGCUCCUGGUCAAGUAAAAGAGGUGCAGAGGAUUCUGGGAACCCGUACAGUUACAACAGUAUCAUAACCAACUGCUGUGCGACGUUAUGUGGCCCCAUGCCCCCGAGUCUGAUUGACAGAAGAGGUUUCCUUCCUCCUGAGGAGGCGAUCUCUGCUGCCUCCGCCUCUGAGAUCGAGCUGCCCCUCUUCACGGCCAAGAACGACGCUCACAUGUGCACUCAGAGCACAAAGGACAUGCUGGACAGGAUGGUCCAUUCCUCCGACUUCCACGGCCUGUGCCCCCCCGGCACCCCAAAGACCACCCCUCUCGGCCUCGAGGUUUCCCGCACGCCGGCACCUUCCGCCGAGCCUUCCCCGUCUGUCGGCUGCUUGCAGCAAGGCGCUCGGCAGUCGGGGGCCACUCCUUGCCCCCCGUUCAGCAGGAGCAGCAAGAGGGACUCGCUGCACUCCAUGAAUCCAGCGUUUCGCCUUGCUUCUCCUUCGCCAUCGCUGAGUCGCACCAGCUUGAUUCUGGGUGAUGCAACCGACAAUGGCUUUGUCCUAAUACCCUGAUUGAGCACCUAGUAAACACCGGUGAAACGACAGAGUCCUGGUGGAAUUAUUCAAGGCAAUGAUUGUGGCUACAAAGAGACGUUGUCACAUGGUGGUCAUGAUUUGUGUUGCCUUCGGUUUCUCAAGAUGUCAUUCUGAUGAGUAUAUCAAGCAUUACCUGGAUAUUUUUCUAGUUCCGUGAGGUGUAUCCACAAUGUGUGUCUUUCAGGAUGGUGGUAAAUCUUAGUAACAUUCGUAAGCACAAUAUAGAGAUAUUUUUUUAUACACCUUUUAAUUGAGAUGCCUGUGACAUGUCUUCGCAUCUUCCAAAGAACCUCAAGCCAUCAGCCGCAGGGUUUUAAGUUCCUGUUAUCUUGUGCAAACAGGUCUUUAAAUCCGGGAAUACAGUUUGACUGUGGAUUGCAAGAAGUGUAGAAACAAAAUAUUUACUGAGCUGGCACAGAGAGCCUCAGGAUUAUACAUUCAAGAGUUAGCCUUAGGUCGUCCAAUCAUUUCCUCUCAUCUUUAUUUGCUCAGUGUCAGUGGGUGGAUCCACUUUGGCUGUUUUUGAUUAAGAUGAGGGUCAGUUAUUUAUGUUUCAUUUUGUGCAUAUCAAUUCUUUAUUUUGCACGUCUUGUACAUCAAAUGCUCUUAUGCAGGAGAUGGCAACUGAGAGGUGACACUUCAGAUUCUUUCAUAUGUCUGAAAUGACUACCAUAUACUGUAAUGUCCACUUUGCUGCUUUCAGGGCCCAGAGUAUUCAUCGCUAAAACACUGUGUUCCUAUUUAUCUGAUCUACUGGGACACAGUUUGAGUGAGCAUCUGCUUUUGCUUUGCCUCAGGGCCUCAGUAGGUUACCAGUGACGAAUGGACUGCUUGGAGCACGGUAAUGUUUUCAGGAAAGUUCAUGAGGCCUCUUAUGUAGGGUAGGUUAUUUAUUUCAUGGCUGUGACCUUUUACUGCUCUUACAGCAUGAAACCUAACCCUGUCUGUCAUGGUGGAGCACUGUUUCUUGUUAGGUGUUAAUUUGUGCCACUAGGGGGCAGAAUGUGAAUAAGGAUUGCAGCCUUACUAGAGGACCAGUAGUGACUUGAGAAGUAUUAGCAGAAAGGCCUUGUGAUGUUUGGGUUUUUUUUUUUUUUUGUUUGUAACUGAGCAUCGAUGCUGUGCAUAGGUUGUGAGUUUGUGAAGAACCAUGUUGCCAUAGUGAGUGGGUCAUUCAUUUAUCAGUCUUCAUCCAGACCCUGUAGUUUGUAUAGACACUUAUGCAAGCAGUGCUUGUAUGAACACACUUGUUUGCUUUUUGUAGGAUGUAACAGUGGAACUGUAACAUUAAAUCAAUAAAAAUGAUCAGUUUUGUUGA